GAAGCAUGGGCGACUGGAGCUUCCUGUUCCGCCUGCUGGAGAACGCCCAGGAGCACUCGACGGUGAUCGGCAAGGUGUGGCUGACGGUCCUCUUCAUCUUCAGGAUCCUGGUGCUGGGGGCGGCGGCCGAGGAGGUGUGGGGCGACGAGCAGUCCGACUUCACCUGCAACACGCAGCAGCCCGGCUGCGAGAACGUCUGCUACGACCAGGCCUUCCCCAUCUCACACACCCGCUUCUGGGUGCUGCAGAUCAUCUUCGUGUCCACGCCCACCCUCGUCUACCUGGGCCACGUGCUGCACAUCGUCCGCAUGGAGGAGAAGCGCAAGGAGAAGGAGGAGGACGCGCGCAAGGCCGGCAGGGUCCGGGAGGAGAGCGGCGGGGGCUCGGGCGGGGGAGGGGGAGGGGGAGGGGGCGCCAAGAAGGACAAGCCGCCGAUCAGGGACGAGCACGGCAAGGUGCGCAUCCGGGGCGCCCUGCUGCGCACCUACGUGUUCAACAUCAUCUUCAAGACGGUGUUCGAGGUGGGGUUCAUCCUGGGCCAGUACCUCCUGUACGGCUUCCGGCUGAGGCCGCUGUACAAGUGCGCCCGCUGGCCGUGCCCCAACGCGGUGGACUGCUUCAUAUCGCGGCCCACCGAGAAGACCAUCUUCAUCGUGUUCAUGCUGGCGGUGGCCUGCGUGUCCCUCCUGCUCAACUUGCUGGAGAUCUACCUCUUGGGCUGGAAGAAGGUCAAGCAGGGGAUGAGCAACGAGCGCCCCGGGCCCGCCCCCCCCGCCCUCGGCCGCCCGCCCGACUACGCGGCCGCCGUCCGGCCGCCCACGGGCCUGGCGGCGGCGGCGGCGGCUUUGGCGGUGGCCGAGUUCAAGGAGGGCGGCCUACGGCGGGAGGAGCCGCUCCGCCGCCCCCCCACCUCCGCCCACUACUACGUCAGCAGCAACAACAACAACCACCACCGGCUGGCCGCGCAGCAGAACUGGGCCAACCUGGCCACCGAGCAGCAGACCCGGGAGAUGAAGGCCACCCCCCCCUCCUCCUCCCCCUCCGCCCGCAGCGACCAAGAGCGGCAGCAGCGGCCCGUGGACGCCGCGGCGUCCCCCCCCAGCAGCGACGCCGGCAGCAACGCCAACUCCACCUCCAGCAGCUGCAUGCCGUCAAACGCAGGCAGCUGGAGGGGGGGUAAGAGCGAGCAGGAGGACGGUCGCGCCUCCACCUCCUCCUCCACCUCCUCCAUCACCGUGGAGAUGCACAAGCCCCCGCUGACCGACCCUCGGCGGCUCAGCGGGACCAGCAGCACCAGGGCGAGGCCGGGCGACCUGGCCAUCUGAAACUCUUCAGACCCCCCCCCCCGGAGUAAAAUGAAUCUCAAGCAUGGGGGGGGGCAGGAGUCAGACGGCUCAUCUCGUUGAGAAGAAGUCGUCGGUUGCAGAGUCGUUUUUACUCCUUUUUUUUCGGAUGGUCUUAAUUCACGCACAGAAAUGCGAUCACGCAGACGACGGCGGCCGCGAGGCUCCGCCCCCACAAACGCGGGGGGCACAUGGGACAUCGUGACGUCACGGGUUGGCAUCAAGAUGGAAAAGAUUCUAUUCUCCUCCGCUGGACUGCGGUCAGCCGGCGUCCCCCCACCUUGAAGCACUUCAACAAGCGGCAGGAAGCACCGCCUCAACGUGGUGACGCCUGACGGCCCG